CGCGGAAUAUCGUGAUUCUGAUUACGGUCACGAAUUAAUCUCAGUAGGUUUUCAAAGAAGUUUCAAAAAAUUGUAAAACCUGGUUAUUGAGCUAAAUAGGACUAGAGUGGCGGAGCUCUCAGCGUCACUGCCUCCAUGCCGCCUAAGAGAGAGAAAAACGACGCCGAUGUCGUUACCAUUGACAGUAGCGACGACGAAAAUGGCGCGGUUCCUGCAACAAGCAAUGCGGCUUUCAAUAAGACUCCAUCAGAGGCGGGGCCACAACCACAUGUUCAACGACUGAACAACUUUGAAUCAAAUCCGGUAUCCUUGGUCCCUGACAAUCUUAUGUCCCGUAGUUUCUGGAAAGCUGGGGACUACGUUGUUGGCCCAACUGUGAAGCCACCUCCCGUUCAAGAUUACUUGGAGCUUGCCCGCGUUCAUCCCAAGUUUCUUCAUUCUAACGCAACCUCUCACAAGUGGGCUUUUGGGGCAAUUGCUGAGCUUAUGGAUAAUGCCGUUGAUGAGAUUCAAAGUGGUGCCACCUUUGUAAAGAUUGAUAAGCUUGAUAUGAAGGAUAACUCACCAGCAUUACUUAUCCUAGAUGAUGGUGGUGGGAUGGAUCCUGAAUCAUUACGGAAAUGCAUGAGCUUGGGUUAUUCAUCGAAGAAAUCCAAGACAACUAUUGGACAAUAUGGCAAUGGAUUCAAGACCAGCACUAUGAGACUAGGUGCAGAUGUCAUUGUUUUUAGUCGUGCUAUGCGAUCAAGUCAGAAAACACAAAGUGUGGGUCUGCUAUCCUAUACCUUUUUGAGGAAAACAGGGCAAGAUCAUGUUAUCGUUCCAAUGAUAGAUUUUGACAUAUCUGGCCACUGGGCUGAGCCAAUUAUUUAUAGCUCGGAGGAAGAUUGGAAGGCCAACUUGAAAACAAUCCUUGAUUGGUCUCCAUUUGCAUCAAAGGAGGAACUAAUGCUUCAGUUUGAGGAUAUUGGUUCUCACGGGACGAAAGUUAUAAUAUACAAUCUAUGGUUGAAUGAUGAAGGGAUAUAUGAAUUAAGUUUUGAUGAUGAUGUUGAGGAUAUUAGGCUGAGGGAUGAGGUGAAUCGUGGAGACAUGAAAAAGUUGAACAAAAAAACUGUUCAUCUUCAGUCACAUAUUUCCUAUCGCUUCCGUUAUUCAUUAAGGGCUUAUGCUUCAAUUUUGUACCUCAGAAAAUUUCCCAACUUCAAAAUCAUACUAAGGGGACGACCUGUGGAACAGUUUGACAUUGUAGAUGAGCUGAAACAUUCACAAGUAGUUACAUAUAAGCCCAAUCUAGGCGUGGCAUCAAAGGAGGUUACAGUGAUGACGACCAUUGGUUUCGUAAAGGAAGCUCCUUCUCUUAAUGUUUCUGGAUUUAAUGUGUACCAUAAAAAUCGUCUAAUCAAGCCUUUUUGGAAAGUAACAGGAGAUGGUUCAUCGAAAGGGAAUGGUGUUAUUGGAGCUCUCGAAGUUAAUUUUAUAGAACCAGCCCAUGACAAGCAGGAUUUUGAGGGAUCACCUGUGUUUGUUAGGCUGGAAUCCAGGCUGAAACAAAUGACAAUGGAAUACUGGAAAGGUCACUGUCACUUGGUUGGGUAUCAGCCCCCAAAUUUCAAGUCACAUAAUGCCACACACGGAAGCAAAGUUCAACAUUCAACUGGACAUUUAAGUAAAUCUCAGGAUAAGUUGCUUGCUGUUCAAAAAGAUAUUGAUGUAGCAAAGCGUCAAGAGGAUACUAGUUUAAAUCAGUUCAUCGUGGGUCUUCCAGCAAAUGAUGAGCAGUAUUUACAGGAGCAGCAUGUUGUAGGAACGCCACGGCCCCAGUCCGUUGAGCAGAUCCGUGAAGAGAACCUAACUCUUUUCUGGAGGUGUGAGGAACACGCGCGUAAGGAGACUGAGCUGAAACAGAUGGUCGAGAACUUGGAAAAGGAGUUGGAGGAAGUCCAAGGGAAGUGUGCCCAACUUUCUUCGGUCCUGGAGGCUAAGAGGAAGCAGAAGAAGAAAAUGGAACUGAAGAAAAUUUGACGAACUGUUUGAGCAAUGAUUGACUUUGAUGGAUGACUGAGUUGCUGAUAAAUCUGGGCUGAAAGUCGCUUGUUUGAUCUUCGAAGGUUCAGCUUUUUGAUGAUCUUUUUUAUCGGGGGGGACUGGUCAGUGAUCGAAAUUUCUUUGGAUUCCGUUUUUGUUUUGUGAUGCCAUUAUGUUUCGCGCUUACUAGACUAACGCUAAUGCGGCCAAUUACCCCAUUGCGCUUCACCAAUACCAGAAAUUGUGUAAACGGAGAGGAAUAUCUCUACUAAUUUCUCUUUUCAUUUUUCUCGUCAUCUA